GUACGAACGCGGAACGCGGGAGAGGCGGCGCGGCCAUGAGUUGGAGCCGGACCGGCUCCUCUGAAACCGGCCGCAUAUCUAGGCUCGCAUGUGUUGCCGUUGGAGAUCGCGGUCGCGACGAGUUCGGGUCGGGUACGGACACAUCGUUAUUGAUUGCAUUACGGGGUUGCAAGGAUCGCUAUAUAUAUAGGUUGCAUUUGGGCGUGAGGAGAAGAAGAUCGUGGUCUCGUGGAUAUCAGCAAUGGACCGCGAUGAGGAGAUGGGCCACGGGGACCGGUCCCUGCUAUUCGUCGGCGACGAGGACGACGACAUUGGCACCUACAGGGACGGCGGCUUCAUGGAAACCUCCUCCGACGAGGGAUCUUUCUCCGACCCGAGCGACGGCGAAGCCCGCGGCGGGCGCCGCGGCGGUGACGGCAGCAAGAGCGCGUGGCCGCAGAGUUACAGGCAGUCGAUCGAUAUGCUGAGCGUGGUGCCGUCGCCGACGGUGAGCAUGCUGAUGGCAGCGAGCCCGAACCUCACCAGAUUUGGCAGCUCCUUCCUCAAGGCCGGGAGCUCCUUCUUCCUCCGGAAGGGCGACGACUCGGUGCUGCCGCUCGCCAGGCCGCUGCUGCCGCCUUCGCUCCCGCAGCUGUCGCAGUCGUCGCUGCGGCCGCAGCCACCCAUGAGGCAGUCCACGGACAUCCUCGCCCAGCCGCCGCGGCCUCCGGCUGGGCACGAGGCCCAGUUGCCCGACAGGCCGUCCAGUGCGUGCCUGAGACCAGAUUAUAUCGAGCUUCCUCCGCCUGCUAGCAAGUGCAGCAGGAACCAAUCAAUCAUCAAUGGGUUCAACGUGCUGUGCGGCGUUGGGAUACUCAGCACAUCUUAUGGAAUCAAGGAAGGGGGAUGGUCAAGCCUCCUUCUGCUCCCCUUGUUGGGUGGCAGCUCUUGCUACACAGGCUUGCUUCUAAAGAGAUGCAUAGACAGUUCGCCCAACAUUGGGACAUACCCAGACAUUGGGCAAGCUGCUUUCGGUGUUGCUGGUCGAAUCUUUGUAUCGGUUGUUCUUUACUUGGAGCUUUAUGCAAGCUGUGUGGAGUACAUCACGCUGCUAGGAGACAGCAUGUCAUCAGUGUUUCCCUCAGCACAUUUAGCUUUUGCCGGCAUCGACAUGAAUGCACACACUCUCUUUGCGAUCACAACGGCAUUGGCAAUUCUCCCAACAGUCUGUCUCAGGAACCUCAGUCUCCUCUCGUAUCUUUCUGCUGGCGGUGUGAUGGCGACAAUUGCAGUCAUCGUCUGCCUAUUCUGGGUUGGCAUUGGAGAAGGAAUCGGGUUUCACUUUUCCGGUGCUCUAGUGAACGUGACCCACCUUCCAGUGGCGCUUGGCCUGUAUGGAUUCUGCUACUCGGGACACUCGGUUUUCCCAAACAUAUACUCGUCCAUGAAGGAGCGCUCGCAGUUUCCGUUUGUGCUCCUGUUCUGCUUCACGGUGGUGACAGUCGCCUAUGCUGGAAUCGCCGUCUCAGGGUUUCUCAUGUUUGGCGAGUCCACCAUGUCACAGUUCACCCUGAACUUGCCACAGCAGUACAUCCCAUCGAAAAUUGCCAUCUGGAUGACGAUUGUGAAUCCGUACACAAAGUAUGCAUUGACAAUGACUCCGGUCGCCUUGUCUAUAGAGGAAGCCCUGCCAAAGAAGAUGCAGAAUUACCUGGUUGGAAUGUCUGUUAGGACAUGCCUCGUCCUCUCCACUGUUGUGGUGGCUCUGCUUUUUCCUUAUUUCGGGCUGGUGAUGGCAUUGCUUGGAUCUGUCUUCACAAUGCUUGUGGCUCUGAUACUCCCAUGCGCGUGCUACCUCUCCAUCAAGAAGGGCGCAGUGCCAUUGUGGGAGAUCAUCCUGUGCAUAGUCAUCAUAAUGAUCGGCGCCGUAUGUGCAAGCGUGGGAUCAUACACCUCAGUCAGCCAGAUGAUUAGCAGCACCAGAUAGCGCACGCUAGCUGAUGUUUAUCUAGCUGCUACAGAUCCUUCCAAAUGCUUUGACAUAGUUGGAACUGGCAGCUUUCGUAGCUAAGUUUAUUUGUUCCUUCUUUAUGGCAGAAAUUUGGUAAGAGAGAGUUUAGUUGCGGGAGGACAGGCGAAGGUUGUUGUUUCAGACAUCCAUGACAAGAGUUGUUUUUCUUUUCGUUAGAAAUUUUC